AUGCCACGCCCCUCCUUCCACUGCUUCGGUAGGAGUGCCCUGCUCAGAGUGCUGCUGCUCAUUCUAGUUGCGGCAGCGACUCUGUGCACAGCGCAGCUGGAGGGGGAGCUUCAGCGAAGGGAUGUGCACAGAGGAGGCCACAGCUGGCGGGAAAGCACAGAGUGGCCAGCGGUGGGAGGAGACAGCCGCUGUGUGCAGCAGCCAGCAUCCGGUGACAGCCCUACAUGUGCGGGCGUCAGCGAGCUUCCAGUGGCUCUCGAGGAAAGCAGUCUCAAGAGUUUGGAGGGUGCGAAAGAAACAUGGGAGCGGACAGGAGCUGAGAGCUCGGCGGGGGGUUCAGAAGACAGGUCUGCGCACCCCCUGGAAGGGUCCCACCAGUGGGCGCUGCUUGAGGGGGGGGAGCGCACCCAGUCGCUGCGCAGCCGACAGCACAUGGCGGCCUAUAUAUCGCGCGAGCACCGCCAAGACGCUGACGGGAACCGGAGGGGCUUCUUCCGGAUGCACGACCCCGCGCAGCUGGGCCUGCUGGACGGCAUGGAGCGGGGGGCUGCAGCAGCUAGGGAAGUGAACCCCCAGAAAGAAAUCAUGCACGGCUCAAUGCACAGUCAAGCGCAGCUGGGGUUAAACAUAGAUUCUCAUGAGAGAAAAGAGGACCCCUUGGAGAAGACGGUGACAGUGAGAGCGGCCAGCGUGGUGAAGCCGCGCGGGGCCAGGCUGGCGCGGGCGGGCCUGAACGUGUUUGGGGAGGACGCACAAUCAGAGCAGGAGGAUCAGGACAUUGGCGAGAUUGAUUCUGCUGAUGAGCACUCAGAAGAGAACAAAAUAUUGGACGAGGAGAAGGCCGCUUUGACAGAGCAGGAAACAAUGCCCCAGGGGGUCGACCCCAAUUUAGUGGUGCAGGCGGCCAAGCGGCGCUUACGCCCCGAGCCGCGCCCGCUGCCGCUCUUCCCGGAUGCACUCUUGGCCCCUGUUAUAGCGGCACACAGACGGCGAGGUGCGUCGUCCAGUGCAAACGCGUCUGCGGACGGCAACGAGCGAGCGGAGGAGCCGGGAAAGGCGGCAGAGCGGGGCUUGGCGAUUGCCGAGACGCUGGACGAUCUGGGGCCGUCGCAUUUGAAAGUGGCGGUACCGACGCUGGGGGUGGACCUGUUUGUGUAUCGAGUUGCGGCGGUGCGCACCAAAGGGGAGUGGGUGCUCAGGUUUUUGUCGUUCACGCAGGACCCCUCCCCCAAGAUUUGGUGGGGCUCGCAGGGCGGCAACAGCAUCAAGGCGACGGACCUGCAGGUCACGUGCCACUUCCAGGGAUUCGUCAAAGAGCGCGCUCCCCCUCCGGCAGCACCUCCCGACCAGGUCCCGUUUGGGGGCUUGAGCGACCUCCUCUCGGGCUGGGGGCUCGGUAAGGCGGCCAAAGCAAGCCCUACGACGCAGGCGGGCGCGAGAGCUCUGCUAGGAACAGAAGAGCAAGACGCGCGCGAGGAUGAAAAGUCGAGUCUGUCGGACUUGGGCGCUACCGAAACGGCAGGCUUCAGAGAGGAGGGCGCAGCACGGAGCCUGCUCGGUGCGCGGGAGGGGCGGGGGAGCGGCGCGGGGGCAGCAUCGCUGCACCACGCACAGUGGAACAAGAACGCGGCGGAGGGGCGGGUGAGCGUGGGAGGGGUGUGGUGGGGCGGGGACCGCCAGAACGCGGAGCGGCUGACGAAACGAACGGGGGACGCGCGCCGGACGCCGCCGGCCCCAGACGCAGAGAGCGCCCCGCGCGACGCGAGCGUGUUGCCGGUGACGGGCGAGUUCGACGUCCCGGCGGUGGUGCGCGUGAACUACGACGCGAUCGCGACGCGCAGCGGGCACGUGAACGCGGCCUCCGCAUCGGUCCCGCGGGAGGCGACGGCGCCCCCCCCCCCGACGCUCGACAUGCGCCUGGUGCUCGAUCCGGCGACGCUCGACACAAGGCCCGGCGAGACGGACCGCUUCCUGACUGGGUGCAUGGGCCCCAUUUUCGGCGCUGUCGACGAGCGGCCGUGGGUGGAGUGGAUCGAGUACCACCGCGGCGUGACGGGGCUGGACCACCUGAUCGUGUACGCGCACGACCCCGGCGCGCGCGCGGCGCUGCAGCCGUACAUCGACGACGGCACGCUCACCUUCCGCCACUGGCAACCCACCGCGCCGCCGGACGUCCUCGAAAAGGCGCACAAAUACUACGACCAGACGGUGCUGAACGUGGACUGUUUGCUGCGCAACCGGCACCGCAGCCGCUGGCUCAUGUUCGUGGACCUGGACGAGUACGUCCAGAUCAGCAGCCGUUUCAGCUACAGCGCGCGCGCCAUGCUCGCCAACUUCCCCGACCACUGGGCCGCGCUGCGCGUCAAGCGCAUCCGCUACCUCGUCGCGCCCCAGGUGGAGGAGGCGGGGCUGACGCUGGUGCAGAAGUACGUGCGGCACAGCCGCAAGCACGAGCACGGCGACAAGACGUUCAUGCGGCCCGAGAAGGUGGUCGCCAACGGCGUGCACUACGUGGACGUGCUCGAGGAGUCGGAGGGUCCGCUGGAGUACGCGGUGCAGCCGCUGAGCCUGCUAGACGCGCGCGUGAACCACUACUGGCGCCCGCUGCACCGCAUCUCCGACACGGACAAGUUCGGCUCCGAGCGCAACGACGGCUUCCAGCCGUUCGAUCAGAUCGAGAGCAAAGCCGAGAGCGUGGCGCGGCUGGCGGAGACGGUGCGGCCGCGCGUCGAGGCGCGGCUCGCGGACCGGCGGAGACGCGAGCUAGAGGCUGCUAUCGAGAGCGAGGCACUCACGGGCGUGUAGCCGCGCGGGAGCGCCGAUACGGAGGAUCAUUGGCAUAAGGAAGUCGUCAGUCCGUACGUGUGCUUGUGCCGAGUUCAUAGGAAUGAUGAGUCCGAAGCUAGGUUUCAUCUCAAGUACACGGCACACGGUAACCGUGCAGGCCUUAGCUGUUGUACGUCUUGGUGUUGAUAUCUUGUAAACGUUGCAAGCCGCGUCCAUGGCCGCCUGUAAGAGUUUGAAGUCGAGGCAGCCGUGAUCGAACCGUCCAAAUGGUUUCAUUACACAGCCGACCGUUUUACCGGUAUGGGUACAUGAUUUAUU